GACAAAAUUGAGGGGCCAAUGUACAAUAUCCUAAACAAGAGGGAUUUCAAAAGCAAAAUACAGUUCACCUCUCGAUCUUCUUCGAGACCAUGAGUUUUAUAGUUUGACAUCUGCAAACGUGUCACACAGCAACACUCCACUGAUCCCCACUCCAUUACCUGAUGAAUUCGUUGGUCGGUCAACUUGUACCUCCGAGUAACGGUCACAAAGUAUGGGAAGAUCCGUCGAUCUUUAAGUGGAGAAAGAGAGAUGCUCAUGUUCCGCUUCACUGCCACGAAUCUGUCGAAGGAUCUCUGAGGUAUUGGUACGAGCGUAAUAAAGUGAAUCUCUUGGCGUCGAAGGAAGCUGUUUGGGAUGAUAACGCGGUCGCCAAAGCGCUCGAAUGUGCUGAAUUUUGGGUUAAGGAUUUGCCCUUCGUUAAGUCUUUGUCCGGUAAUUGGAGAUUCUUUCUUGCCACUAGCCCUAGUGAUGCCCCUUCGGAAUUUUACGACAGUUCAUUUCAAGAUUCUUCAUGGGCUACUAUACCAGUUCCGUCAAAUUGGCAGAUGCAUGGAUUCGACAAGCCGAUAUAUACGAAUAUUGUAUACCCGUUUCCGCUAAAUCCACCGAAAGUUCCGGAAGAUAAUCCCACCGGCUGCUACAGGACUUACUUUCACCUUCCCAAAGAAUGGGAAGGUCGGAGGAUAUUCCUACAUUUUGAAGCAGUCGAUUCCGCCUUCUUUGCAUGGGUAAACGGACACCCCACCGGAUAUAGUCAGGAUAGCAGAUUACCAGCCGAAUUCGAGAUAACGGAAUUUUGUCAUCCAUUUGGAUCAGACAAGAGCAAUUGCCUUGCUGUUCAAGUUAUGAGAUGGUCCGACGGGUCCUACCUCGAAGAUCAAGAUCACUGGUGGUUAUCCGGCAUUCAUCGAGAUGUUCUUCUUCUUUCUAAACCUAAGGUCUUUAUCGCGGAUUACUUCUUCACAUCGAACUUGUCAGAAGAUUUUUCUUCUGCAGAUAUACAGGUUGAGGUGAAAAUCGACCACUCGGCAUUGAACAUUGACAACAACUCGGUAAUAACGGGGAGUUGGUUCAAAGCAGCUGAAGAUAAGUUUAUAGCAAACUUCACCAUUCAAGCUCAAAUUUUCGACACCGAUGGAAAAACGAGCCUCGCUCUUCUAGAACUUACUAAUUCCGUUGAUUAUAUUCUCGGGUUUAUUGGAUAUCAGCUUAAAGGGAAACUUCUCAUGCCUAAGCUGUGGUCUGCCGAACAACCGAAUCUUUACACACUUGUCUUGACCCUAAAAGAUUCUUCGGGGAAUAUAGUUGAUGUCGAAUCAUGCCAAGUUGGCAUACGGCAAAUAACAAAAGCCACAAAACAACUACUCGUGAACGGUCAACCCGUUAUGAUAAGAGGGGUCAACAGACACGAACACCACCCUCGUAUCGGGAAAACUAACUUGGAAUCCUGCAUGGUUCAGGAUUUGGUUUUGAUGAAGCAAAACAACAUAAACGCUGUAAGAAACAGCCACUACCCACAGCACCAAAGAUGGUACGAACUGUGCGAUCUCUUCGGCAUGUACAUGAUCGACGAAGCCAAUAUCGAAACUCACGGUUUUCAUCUCUCGUCAAACGUGAGGCAUCCCACUAGCGAAACAAUGUGGGCCCCGUCAAUGUUGGAUCGAGUUAUUGGAAUGGUCGAACGAGACAAAAAUCACGCCUCCAUUAUUUCGUGGUCCUUGGGAAACGAAUCGAGCUAUGGGCCUAAUCAUUGGGCACUUGCAGGUUGGGUAAGAGGAAAGGAUUCGACUAGGUUCUUACACUACGAAGGAGGUGGGGCCAGAACAUCUUCGACAGAUAUUGUGUGUCCAAUGUAUAUGCGUGUUUGGGAUAUAGUUAAGAUAGCUGAAGAUCCAUCGGAAUUACGUCCGUUGAUAUUGUGCGAGUAUUCACAUUCGAUGGGAAAUAGCAACGGAAAUAUUCACGAAUAUUGGGAAGCGAUUGACAGCACGUUUGGUCUACAGGGAGGUUUCAUCUGGGAUUGGGUCGAUCAGGGAUUAUUGAAGGAGAGUGCAGACGGUACUAAACAUUGGGCAUACGGAGGAGAUUUUGGGGAUUUCCCAAAUGAUCUCAACUUUUGCCUCAAUGGUCUUAUAUGGCCUGAUCGAACUCCUCAUCCCGCUCUACAUGAGGUGAAGUAUGUAUACCAGCCCAUCAAAGUUUCGCUCAAAGAAGGAAUAAUUAAGAUUACAAACACGCACUUCUUCGACACGACAGAAGCAUUAUCGUUCGACUGGAUAAUCCAUGGUGACGGUAUCGAUCUUGGUUCUGGACUACUCAGCCUGCCAGCAAUUGUUCCCCAGAAAAGUUACGACGUAAAAUGGGAUGCUGGUCCAUGGUAUGACUUAUGGUGCACCUCAGAUGCAGCAGAGAUAUUUUUGACGAUUACUGCAAAGCUUUUGGGCUCGACUCGUUGGGCUGAAAAGGGGCAUAUAGUUUCGUCCACACAAGUUUCGCUGCCCAUAAAAAACGAAGCCGUUCCUCAUGUUAUUAAAGGUGGGGAUGCAGCUUUGCUUACGGAAAUUCUUGAUGAUUCUAUACACGUUAAGAAUACGAAUAUGUGGGAAAUCAAGUUUAGCAAAAAAACCGGAGGUAUCGAGAGCUGGAAGGUGGAUGGGGUUUUAGUGAUGAACAAAGGUAUAUUACCAUGCUUUUGGAGAGCACCGACGGAUAACGACAAAGGGGGCGAGGCCGAAAGCUACCUCUCGAAAUGGAAAGCCGCAAAUUUAAACAAUUUGAAUUUCACAACAAGUAGCUGCACGGUCCAAAACGUGUCGGACAAUCUCGUCAAAAUAUCGGUGGCCUAUCUUGGCACGCCAGGUGGCGCAGAGACAAAAUCACCUCUAUUCAACGUCGACUUAACUUACUCGAUUUACAAUUCCGGAGAUGUAAUAGUGGAAUGCCACGUAAAACCCAAUUCGGAGUUGCCACCUCUGCCCCGAGUCGGGAUCGAGUUCCACCUGGACAAAUCGAUGGAUCAGAUUACGUGGUACGGGCGGGGCCCUUUCGAGUGCUAUCCGGACCGUAAAGCCGCCGCGCACGUCGGUGUGUACGAGCAGGAUGCGGGCAGCAUGCACGUGCCUUAUAUAGUGCCCGGUGAGUGUUCGGGCCGGGCCGAUGUUAGAUGGGCCACGUUUAGAGACAAGGGCGGUUUUGGAAUUUAUGCUUCGGCUUACGGUGGGUCCCCACCGAUGCAGAUGAGCGCGAGUUACCACAGUACGGCGGAGCUCGAGAGGGCCACGCACAACGAGGAGCUAGUCAAGGGAGACAACAUUGAGGUGCAUUUCGACCACAAACACAUGGGUGUAGGCGGAGACGAUAGCUGGUCUCCUUGUGUGCACGAUAAGUAUCUUGUGCCUGCGGUACCGUAUACCUUCACCGUCAGAUUAUCUCCGCUUACUGCAUCCACAUUAUCUGGUCAUUCCAUUUACAAAUCACAGCUCGACGAGAAUUAAUAAAAAAAAGAAUAUACGGCUUGAUUGCAAUGAAAUGCCCGUCUUUUUUUUUCUUUUUCGGAUGUAUGGUUCUUGGUUUUUAUCUUUCCACGUCUUCUGUUUCCGCGUUCCACGAACCAGCUUAAUUAUCGAUCCUUUGUAAUAAAAUGAAAUACGAGUUGUAAUUGUUUACUUGUGUGCUUUUUUAGGUUCAUGGAGGAUGAAGUUAAUCCAAUGGCAUUCUUCCAUUGUUUUUGGUUGUUUAUUUCAUUAUUACUAUGGUGAA